UUCACUGGUAGCCUGGUAACAUACACUCCCAGGUCUUUCUCAGCCUCUGUGGUGGAUAGUGGAGUGUUUCCCAUGUGGUACUGGUGUGCUGGAUAUCCCUUCACUGGUAGCCUGGUAACAUACACUCCCAGGUCUUUCUCUGCCUCUGUGGUGGAUAGUGAAGUGUUUCCCAUGUGGUAUUGGUGUGCUGGAUAUCCCUUCACUGGUAGCCUGGUAACAUACACUCCCAGGUCUUUCUCAGCCUCUGUGGUGGAUAGUGGAGUGUUUCCCAUGUGGUAUUGGUGUGCUGGAUAUCCCUUCACUGGUAGCCUGGUAACAUACACUCCCAGGUCUUUCUCUGCCUCUGUGGUGGAUAGUGGAGUGUUUCCCAUGUGGUAUUGGUAUGCUGGAUAUCCCUUCACUGGUAGCCUGGUAACAUACACUCCCAGGUCUUUCUCUGCCUCUGUGGUGGAUAGUGGAGUGUUUCCCAUGUGGUAUUGGUGUGCUGGAUAUCCCUUCACUGGUAGCCUGGUAACAUACACUCCCAGGUCUUUCUCUGCCUCUGUGGUGGAUAGUGGAGUGUUUCCCAUGUGGUAUUGGUAUGCUGGAUAUCCCUUCACUGGUAGCCUGGUAACAUACACUCCCAGGUCUUUCUCUGCCUCUGUGGUGGAUAGUGGAGUGUUUCCCAUGUGGUAUUGGUGUGCUGGAUAUCCCUUCACUGGUAGCCUGGUAACAUACACUCCCAGGUCUUUCUCUGCCUCUGUGGUGGAUAGUGGAGUGUUUCCCAUGUGGUACUGGUGUGCUGGAUAUCCCUUCACUGGUAGCCUGGUAACAUACACUCCCAGGUCUUUCUCUGCCUCUGUGGUGGAUAGUGGAGUGUUUCCCAUGUGGUAUUGGCAUGCUGGGUUUCCCCUCCCAAGAUGCAUGACCUCACAUUUUUCUUCACUAAAUUGUAGCAGCCACAUUUUGUUCCACUCCUGUAGCUUGGUGAUGUCUUCUUGUAGGAAAUCCGCAUCCAAUGGGUUAAUAAACUGA